AUGAAGACUCGUAUUACUCUCUUUCUUGUACUAUAUAUAGUUUUGGGUAAAAUUAUAACAGAGUGUACAGAAAAACCUCCCGAGGCACCUGUUCUUCCCAAGGAUGGGAAUACUGCAAGUUCUGGUACCGGAAGUACAAGCUCACAAACUCCUUUACCUUCUCAACCUCCUCCAACUGGAAGUCUGCCUUCCGCUUCCCCAGGUGUACCACUUACACCAGAACCUGCAAAGCAAGAAGCCUCAGAUAGAGAAACUGAAACUUUAUCACAAGGAAAAGAUCUGCCUAAUGAAGUAGCUACCAAUGGGGGUAACACAAAUGGAGGAACUCCGCCACCUAAUGCACCUGAAACUGCAAAUACCCCAAAUAUAAUUCUGGUAAAGUCUGCAUUACUAAAAGAUUAUAACGGGGUAAAAAUUACAGGGCCAUGUAAGGCAAAGUUUCAUCUGUUCCUCGUUCCUCAUAUAACUAUUGAAGUUGAAACAGAAAACAAUAAGAUAAUACUUAAGUCAAAAUUGGACGAAUUAAAAAAAAAAAAAAAAGGACAAUCGAUCGAUCAAGAUUUAAAUAAAAAUUUAGAAUUUGAAAAAAAUAAAGAUAACUUAAAAAACACUUGUACGAAUGGGAAAACUUUUAAAUUUGUUGUAUACACGGAAGGGAAUACAUUAACUCUUAAAUGGAUGGUUUACGACACUGAAAUUGCAGCGAGUACAAAGAAAAAUGUUGACAUGAGAAAAUAUCUUAUGAAAAACUUAGAUCGACCAAUUACUGCAAUCCAAGUAUACAGUUCAGAAGCAAAUGCAAAAACAUUUUUAGUUGAAAGCAAGGGGUACUCUAUAAAAAGUAACAUGCCUGAAAUGUGUGAACUAAUAGCAAUCAAUUGUUUUCUGAGUGGUAAUAUAGACAUAGACAAAUGCUAUCAGUGUACAUUAUUGACAGAACACGCAGAUAAGAAUAAUGAAUGUUUCAAAUAUGUAUCUUCUGAAGUUAAGGAUAAAUUUAAUGAAAUAAAAGCUAAGGGGCAAGAUGAUGAAAACCCUACGCAUAUAGAGCUUACUCAAGUGAUUGACAAUAUAUUGAAAAAGAUGUACAAGAUGGAUGAGAACAAUAAUAUGCAAUUAAUAAUAUUUGAAGGAUUAGAUGAUAAAUUAAAAUCUGAGUUAAUAAACUAUUGCAAAUUGAUAAAGGAGAUAGACACAAGCGGAGCGUUAGAAAACUACGAAAUGGGCAACGAAACGGACAUCUUCAACAAUUUAACAACGUUGCUACAAACACAUGCAGAAGAAACAUAUUCCUCAUUACAGCAUAAGCUAACAAACGCAGCGAUAUGUAUGAAGAAUGUAAAUGAUUGGAUAAAGAACAAAACAGGAUUAAUACUUCCUGUAUUAUCAUAUAAUACAAUUGAAAACCAAGGAAAUCCAUUGAGCUCUGAACAAUCUGAGGUGGAGGAUAAUAAAACUGGUACUGAAAAUACUGAAAAUGGUAAUUAUGAUGGGGUUAUUAAUUUAGUUUCACUUGAAGAGAGUAAUGUUAAUACUUCUCAUGUUACAGAUACAAUGUAUUGCAAUGAAGACUAUUGUGAUAGAUGGAAAGAUAAGAAUAGUUGCGUUUCAAAGAUUGAAACAAAGGAUCAGGGAAAUUGUGCAACAUCUUGGAUAUUUGCAUCUAAGGUACAUCUCGAAACUAUUAGAUGUAUGAAGGGUUAUGAACAUGCGAGCAGUUCGGCAUUAUACGUUGCCAAUUGUGCGAAUAAAGAGGCUAAGGAUAAGUGUCAUGUUGGAUCGAACCCAUUAGAAUUUCUUAAAAUUAUCGAUGAAAAUAAGUUCCUACCUUUAGAAGUAAACCUUCCAUAUUCAUAUGCAAAAGUUGGUAAUGCGUGUCCGAAUCCCCAGAAUCACUGGACGAAUUUAUGGGCAAAUGUAGAAUUAUUAGAUUCUAAAGAUGAGCCCAAUUCAUUAGGGGCUAAAGGAUAUACCGCCUAUGAGAGUGACAAAUUUAAGGGAAACAUAGAUGCAUUCAUCAACAUAAUAAAGCAUGAAAUUAUGCAUAAAGGGUCUGUGAUUGCCUAUGUAAAGGCAAAAAGUGUAAUGGGUUAUAACCUUAACGGAAAGAAGGUGCUUAACGUAUGUGGUGAUAAAAAUCCUGACCAUGCAGUAAAUAUCAUUGGGUGGGGUAACUACAUAAAUAUUGAAGGGAAUGAAAAACCUUACUGGAUAAUCAAAAACAGCUGGGGAAAAUACUGGGGUGACGACGGAAAUUUUAAGGUCGACAUGUAUGGCUCAGAACAAUGUGAACAUAAUUUCAUCCACUCUGUUGCAAUAUUCAACAUUGAUAUGCCAAUGGAUGAUGUUACUGCAGAGAAGGAUGCUGGAUUAUACAACUAUUUUCUUAAAACCUCCCCCGAUUUUUAUAAUAAUCUUUAUAAUAAGAACUUUAACCAAGAAACAUAUAAUGCUUCAUACAACGAAAAGGCGUUAGCUGGAAACUCUGAGAUUUAUGGUUCAGAGGAAGCAGCGGAGGCAUCCCAAUUAGCAGGAGCAGCAGUAUCACCAGUAUCACCAGCAAAAGAGGAAGUACCACCAAAACAUCCAGAAGAAGUACUAUCAACAACACAACCAAGAGCAUCAACAGCAGCAUCAGGAGAACAAACAUUAUCGCCAACACCAGUAUCACCACCAUCAGCACCAGUACCACCAUCAGCACCAGUACCAACAUCAACACCAGUAUCAACAUCAGCACCAGUACCAACAUCAGCACCAGUACCAACAUCAACACCAGUAUCAACAUCAGCACCAGUACCAACAUCAACAUCAGGACAAGCACCACAAACAUCAGCAGUGAAAGCUGAAGUCGCUACUACACCAAAGAGUACAACAGUUGCGGAUGUUAAAGUAUUUCAUGUACUAAAAUAUAUUAAGAAUACUAAGGUAAAAAUGAAUUUGGUUAAAUAUAACACACGUGCGGCUAUUGAUGCUGAUCACGUUUGUUCAAGGUCUUAUUCAGCAGAUCAAGACAAACUAGAAGAUUGUAUUAAAUUCUGUGAAAGCAACUGGAAUGAAUGUAUGGGGGAAAUUUCACCUGGAUAUUGUUUAACCCAAAAGAGGGGAAAAAAUGAUUGUUUUUUCUGUUAUAUAUAA